AUGCUCGAAAAUCGUCUACCGACCCAGCAUCACCCCGGGCCCUUGCCUGAGCCCAACCCAUUGUCAAUUCCCUUGAACGACGACCACCAUGAUGGCUGGAGUGUCUCUAGCGUGUCGAGCCGUUCCGACUCAAAUCCGCCUCCGUUGAUCAUGGAAAGUACAACCGUCUCCGAGCCAGAUGUAUCCAUAUUGAACUCGAUGUCGACGUUCGGUUCGGCUCCGUCAGUGGGCAUGUACGGGAAAGAUAUCUGUGGGAUCGAGCCGAUAUCAGAGUUCAUGCAGGCGGAAUUGAUGGGCCAGAAGCGCCUCAAAGAAGAUAUCUCGUCGAUGUCUGCAGUACGCGACUCCUUCUACCAGGAAACAAAGCGGACUUUAGAAUUCUCCUAUCUAUCGGGAGACUCUGAUAAUUUGGUUGACACAGAAGAGAUUCAAGCAUGGAUUUUGAUAGCAACGUAUGAGUCAAUGCGGACUUUCCAUCGCCCUGCGUGGAUGAGUGCCGGACGCGCCUUUCGUCUGGUUCAGUUAAUGCGACUGCACGAAAUCGACAGUCCUACAAAACCCCCUGUAGCCGAUGCAGACCUGAUCGAGACAGAGGAAAAGCGCCGGGUGUUUUGGACGGCCUACUUCUUGGAUCACUUAUUUAGCAUGCGUAAUAAUUGGCCGAUCACCUUGAACGAGCAUGUGAUCUGCACCCGUCUUCCAGCUCCAGACAUGGAAUUCCAAAACGGUCAACCGGUGCUAGGUGCCUUCCUUUCGGAAGCGAUCAUGGACGUUAUGCCGCAGACAACAUCGCCAUUUAACGAAUGCGCCAUCUUGGCUACCAUAUGCGGGCGCAGCCUAUUUCAGGCCCAGCAAUACAGUGUCCGCUUUGUGUAUGGCGACAUAGCUCCCAACUGGACCGAUCAGCACCAAUGGCUGGACAACGUCCUUACCAACCGUCUUCAGAUCCUUUCCCAACACUACCCCUCGCCAACUCAAGUCUGCGACCCGAUGCUCUCGUUCGCACACAUUAUGGGACAGGCAAGUGUGAUUCAUCUAUACAAGGGCAUGGAAUCGAUUGUGUGGGCAGUCGACGAGGGAGCAUUAGUAUUAGAAUAUCGGCGGCGUGCCCUAAGUGCAGCGCAGGAGAUCGUCAAGCAAGCAAAAGGACUGAUAGAGUUCUACUUCUUCAAGGUAUGCCACACUGCAUUACUACUUCAGUCGACUUGGGACAUGAAUAUCUUUACGCACCGCGAACGUACUAAUUAUAAAACGAGCAGGUCCAUCCUCUCAUGCCCAUCCCAUUAUUACUCUGCGCCGAAUUCCUCUACAGUAAUCGAGGGUCAGACGCGGCAUUUAACUCGCUACUUCAAGAGCUUCUACAGAUUUUUCGUCAACUCAAGAAUCCUAACGAUCCAACUCAAAGCUAUAUACAUCUUCUAG